CAGUACGCUUUUACACUUCUUCGCGUGGCUUAAUUUGUUCUCGGGCAUGCUGCUAGGGCGUUAUAUCACUCUUUCCCCACCGCUUCUUCUGCCCUCCGAUCGGAGCGAGGCUCUAGACACUCUUUGUCCCAUGCAUGUGAGAGGAAAAAGCAAAAAUCAAGCAGGUCAAGUGCCCUUGAACGAAAACUCAAUAAAGAAGACCUGAUUAUUUUUGCAUCUUCAAUGUCCGGCCAGCCCCGCAAGCCGGCCCCCCAAUUAUAUACAAGGAUUGGAAUGGGCUCCACUUCUUUUUUUCUAGAAUGAAUGACUUACUCCUCUCACUUCCAUCAUCAUUUUUUGAAACAGAUAUUGUCACCUUUUCCUCCCAUCUCAAACACAAUAUAAUCAAUCAUGACUUCUCCCGGUAACCAUCACGAUGAAUUGCCAACUUCGCAACCUCAUUAUGCAUUAUUGCAACAAGACAACAUCAAAUUGUUCUCUGAUGCAGGUUUCGAUAUGGACAAAAUUCAUCUAAAACGUAACGCUCCCGUCGCUUCUUUAUACGAAGAUGCAAUCAAGAAAGAAGGUGCCGUCAUUUCAAGCAGUGGUGCUUUGAUCAACUUCAGUGGUAAGAAAACUGGUCGUUCGCCAAAGGACAAACGUGUCGUUUACGAAGAUUCUUCAAAAGAUGACGUUUGGUGGGGUCCCGUUAACAUCAAGAUGGACGAACACACUUUCGAAAUUAAUCGUGAACGUGCUAUCGAUUACCUAAACACCCGUGAUGACAUUUACGUCUUUGACGGUUUCGCUGGCUGGCAUCCAAAGUACCGUAUCAAAGUGCGCAUCAUUUGUGCUCGUGCUUACCAUGCUCUCUUCAUGCACAAUAUGUUGAUCCGUCCAACAAGAGAAGAGUUGGAAAACUUUGGUGAACCUGAUUUCAUCAUUUACAAUGCUGGUCAAUUCCCUGCUAACCGUUUCACAGCUGGUAUGACAUCUACAACAUCUGUCGAAAUCAACUUCAAACGUCGCGAGAUGGUUAUUUUGGGUACAGAAUAUGCUGGUGAAAUGAAAAAGGGUAUCUUCACCGUUAUGCACUACUUACAACCCGUCAAAUUCGGACAAUUGUCUUUACACUCUAGUGCAAACGAAGGUGCUGAUGGAGAUGUUUCUCUUUUCUUCGGUUUAUCCGGAACCGGAAAGACCACUUUGUCAGCUGAUCCUCACCGUCGUUUGAUCGGUGAUGACGAACACGUUUGGUCAGACGAUGGUGUGUUCAACAUCGAAGGUGGUUGUUACGCAAAAUGUAUCGGAUUGAGCGCUGAAAAGGAACCUGAAAUUUUCAACGCUAUCAGAUUCGGAUCCAUUUUGGAAAACGUUUCUUUCGACCCUGUCACACGUACACCCGAUUACGAAGACGCCCACUUGACAGAAAACACCCGUUGCGCAUACCCAAUUGAUUUCAUCCCUAACGCCAAGAUUCCAUGCGUUGCCGGAUUGCCAAAGAACAUCAUCUUGCUCACAUGCGAUGCCUUUGGUGUUUUGCCUCCAGUCAGUAAAUUGACUGCUGAACAAGCACAAUACCACUUUAUUGCUGGUUACACCUCCAAGACACCCGGAACAGAAGAUGGUAUCGUUGAGCCAAGCCCAACUUUCUCCACUUGUUACGGACAACCUUUCAUCGUCUUGCACCCUCGUCGUUACGCCGCCAUGUUGGCAGAACGUAUGGGUAAGGUGAACGCAAACGCUUACCUCAUCAACACCGGUUGGUCAGGAGGUCGUUUUGGUACCAAGAACGGUCGUCGUUGCCCAUUGAAGUACACCCGUGCCAUUUUGGACGCAAUUCAUUCUGGUGAAUUGGCCAAAGCAGAAUAUGAAGAUUUCCCAAUCUUUAACCUAAAGGUACCUAAACAAGUCACAAACGUUCCAUCAGAAAUUUUGAACCCAAAGAAUGCAUGGCCCGAAAAGGCUGCUUUCGAUACGGAAGUUAAGAAAUUGGCCGGAAUGUUCACAGACGCUUUCGAGAAGUACAAGGCUGACGUUAGCGAAGCCGUCGUUUCCGCUGGACCAAAAGUUUGAUUAAUCAGAUAUACACUUUUAUUUGCUUUAUGCUUUCAUCUAUUUAUAUCGUCAAUGCACAUAUCGCUUAAAACCAUUUGUGCGUUUAUUGUGUUGUGCCUUGCUAGUGCUUAAGAAGAGAAGAGGUGAUUGAGAAAGAAUAAAUCAACUGUU